AUGGGUGUGCCAGGUCUAUGGGACCUACUUCGACCUGCAGCGGCUCGUACAUCCCUAUCAUCACUCUCCAAAGAAGCAUUUCAGGCGAACAGGAACGGAUUGAGAGCUUUGACAAUCGGUAUAGACGCUUCAAUAUGGAUUUUUCACGCUCAAGUAACACAUCAUGGUGAAAAUCCUUUUCUGAGGACAAUCUUUUUCAGAAUUACGGCGUUGUUACAACAUCCCGUCUUGCCUGUAUUUGUUUUUGAUGGACCAAAUAAACCUGGACAGAAGAGAAAUCAAAAUGUAGCUGGACAAUUCGGUACAGCCGAUCAUAGGAGUAGACAGUUCAAAGCUUUGUUGGAUGUAUGUGGGCUCGAAUGGUGGAAUGCUCCGGGAGAAGCAGAAGCAGAGUUAGCAGUGAUGAACAGACAAGGCAAGAUCGACGCCGUCUUAUCGGAUGAUGUGGACGCUCUGUUGUUCGGUGCGACCUGCUUACUGAGAAAUAACUCACCGACGUUAUCCGGUGCUCAAGCCAAUAUCGCAAGAGGCGACAUGCGAAACUACGAAGUUUAUAGGUCAUCCGCAAUCAAGGAUUUGUGGAUCAAGAAGGAAGGUACCAAUCUCAAAACGGAAGACGAUUGUAGGAUGGCUAUGGUUUUGAUUGCACUGUUAGGAGGUGGUGAUUAUACGCCUGAGGGAUUACCUAGUAUAGGGCCGACGAUCUCGUUUGGUCUUGCGAAUGCAGGUCUUUCCGAUUUCCUGAAAAAGUACAUAUCCAAUCGAGCGACUUUCGAUUCUCGACUGUCUUCGGUUCACUCUCAAAUUGUAGAAGAACUCCGUACCAACGCUCAGAAGCAAAUCGGAAGGAAAUACCCUGAUCGAGCCAACAAGCUAUCUGUGCUAUCACCUUCUUCCGUCUUCCCACCAUUCACCCUUGACGCAUAUCUCAAUCCAUGUGCCAGUCCGCUGGACGAUCUAUCUCAAGGUUGGCCAGGGUUCGGUAUAGGUGAAUCCAGUAGGACGAGAGGUAAAGCUAGGAACGAAGGCAGAGGUGAUAUGGAGGGUAUGGCAAUCGCUUGUGAGAAGUACUUUGAAUGGGGUACCAAAGAAAUCGUCGUUAAAAAGUUUGCUGGAGAAGCAGUCGGAGUUUUCGGAGCGGAAUUGAUGAACGAAGCUAGACAAAGAGUUAGAUCGAGACAACCUGCCAAUCCAGAUCCAAUACCACUGAUUCAUCAGUCGGUCGGUACUGCCAAAGCAGCUUCUGCAUCUAUGAUCACCUCCUUCUUCAGUCAAUCCAUGCCUUCAUCGUCACCUAUCAUUUCCAAAACAACCCAAUCAUCUCAACCUGUACGACAUGAGGACCAUGAUGAAUCUGGUCAACCUUCAGAACACGUCAUCAAGAUACAUUCGACAAGGCUAGAUCCGACCAAUGGCGAGAUGACCGAAUAUCGAAUCUCCUUUCACCGGGGUCAAUAUAUACGAAGAUGUCAGGAGUCGAUGCAGGGAAUCAGGGUGGAUCCAGAUGAUUUGUCAGAUAAUACUCGACAGAUUAUCGGUCUUAGGGACAAGGAGAGGGAAAGGAGCGAAUCGUUGGAUAUUGAGAUACCCGGUGGUACUCAAGGACCAAAUAAGUCGAAAGAUGAAAUUCGAGUUUGGCUAGCGGAAUAUCUAGUUAGGGAAGCUUGGCCAGAAUUAGUUAGGCAAUGGGAAGAUGAACAAUUAGCCAAAGCCAAUGCUAAGAAGUCGAAAUCGCCUAAAAAGAAGAAAACUUUGACGAAGGCGCCUCCGAAGAAAGGCAAAGGUACAGGAGUAGAGAAGAUGGAUGUGGGAGUAUUUGAUGCGUUCUACGCUGCUGCGUCUAACACCCAACGACGUAGAGAUGGAAUGUUGUCGGAAUCAGAAGAAGAAGAACCAAUUGAGAAUCUUCCACCUAGAUCCCGAUCUCUGUCCACUUCGUCACCUAGACGAUCACCCUCUAUGCCCAAUCUGGCUGGUGUUGGUGGGAAGAAGACUAAAGCUCGACCUUGUCCUACUUCGAGUUUGACCAGUAUACUGGAUUCAUCUCCGUCCAGGGGUAAUUCACCUACUCCGAAAGCCAAGACUCAAACGAGUAGUCGACCGAAAGCAAAAACCAAAAGGACCACAUCCCCUCAACCUGAACAACAAGCCGGAUCGGUAUCUCCCAAAAGACCUUCUUCACCUAAACGAUGGCAGUUCGGAGCGAAAAGGAUAUUCUCAAAAUCGAAAUCUUCCCCUUCGGCAUUUUCCAUCGGCAAGAAAGAUCAGCCGAUUGAUCUUUGCUCUUCCUCGUCUGAGGGCGAGACGCCAGUCAGACCGCUUAGACCACGAAGGGGAAGCAAUAAUACAAAUAAGGAUAAGAAGGAUGUCAUCUCGCUUUUGAGCCCACCCCGAGGCAAGAAAAGUACAAAUAAGACCAAAAGUGCUGAAUCAAACAUUCAACAAUCAACUAUAUUGGAUUUUUCCUUAGACCCUAGUACCUUGUUCCCAUCAGACUCAGAAAUAGUAACCCCCAGAACCAAACUCAAACCCAAAUCAGGAGCAAAAGAAAAGAAGAAGACGCCCUCGUCGAGGAAACAGAAGAAGAAAUAUGUGGUCGUCAGUGAGACGAGUGAUGAAGAAGUCAUUGACUGUACUUAG